AUCUUGCUAAUGCAGUAUCUUAAAGUAUGACUUUCUUUCCAGGAACUGCAUUGUAACAUGACAUGAUGGAGAGCAGAAACUUAAAUUUCAACAUAGGAGUAUUGGGACAUGUGGACAGUGGCAAAACCUCCUUGGCCAAAGCUCUUAGCACUGUGGCCAGCACUGCUUGCUUUGACAAAAAUCCACAGUCAAAGGAACGAGGCAUCACCAUUGAUCUUGGUUUCAGCUCCUUUGUUAUAGAUGCUCCAGAUCACAUUAAGGAAUUAGGAUAUGAAAAGCUCCAGUUUACAUUAGUGGACUGUCCAGGCCAUGCAUCAUUGAUCAGGACCAUUAUUGGAGGAGCUCAAAUUAUUGAUGCUAUGAUGCUUGUUGUUGACAUUACAAAAGGAAUCCAAACUCAGACUGCAGAAUGCUUGGUGAUUGGUGAAAUAUUGUGUGAUCAUCUCUUAGUGGUUUUAAACAAAGUGGAUUUAAUUGCCCCUGAAAAGCAAAAGUCAGUCAUUGAGAAAAUUACAAAAAAGAUUCUACUCACUUUGCAGCAGACAAAAUUCGGCCAUGCAAAAGUAAUUGUGGUAGCAGCCAAACCAGGAGGCCCAGAUGCACCUGAUGUUGAGCCCUUAGGUUUGAAAGAUCUUAUGGACUCAAUGCAAAAGUUUUCAUAUGUGCCCAACAGAGAAACUGGAGGUUCAUUAUUGUAUGCUGUUGACCACUGUUUUAGUAUAAGAGGCCAGGGCACCGUCAUGACCGGAACAGUGCUUCAAGGGAGUGUUGCCAUAAAUGACAGUAUUGAAAUUCCAAGCCUUAAGGUUUCAAAGAAAGUCAAAUCGAUGCAGAUGUUUCGACAACCAGUAGAAAAAGUGUCACAAGGAGACAGAGUUGGCAUAUGUGUGACACAGUUUGAUCCUAAACAGUUAGAGCGAGGUGUAGUUGGAUCACCAGGGUUUAUACAAACAGCUUUUGGUGUUCUUGCUGAAGUGGUGAAGAUUUCUUAUUAUAAGCUGCCAGUUGAAACAAAGUCAAAGUUUCAUGUAAGUCUUGGUCAUGAAACAGUUAUGGCCAGAGUAACAUUCUUUGGAACUGAAGAUAUAUUAGAUAUCAAGGACAGAUUUAUGUAUGACCAUACAUAUAAAUACCAACAGGAGUUGUUUAAUUUAAAAAAGCUUGAUGAUGAUGCUAGUUACAAACCAAGUCAACAAUUUGCACUUUUGGAAUUUGAAAAGGCAGUACAGGUAGUCCCUAAUUCUGUACUGAUUGGUUCAAAGCUGGAUAUGGAUGUCCACACUAAUAUGUGUCGCUUAGCAUUCAGAGGUAAUCUACUUGAAAUUUUCACAGACAAGAACUAUCAUGAUACUCAACUUCAGAAAGUUAAGGUUUACAAAAGCAAGAGUAAGGAGGGUGUCAUUGAAAGGCUGGCUGGUGACAAUGAAGUGAUUGUAAAAAAUUUGUUGAAGAAAGAUACCAACACUCAGCUGUUCAUUGGUCUGAAGGUGAAGCUGUCAACAGGGGAGGAAGGUACCAUUGAUGGAACAUUUGGACAAAGUGGCAAGCUGAAGGUGAGGGUCACUAAUGGUUUACAGGAUACUACCAAAGCUGCCUUACAAAAACUCACAGGUGGAAAAAAGAAAAGUAAAGGUGGACAGGAGAACCAACCUCAUGCUGCUGAAAACUUGGAACCUGUUAAAAUUAUACUGAAUUUUAAGAAAUAUAUAUUUAACAAUGAUAAAAAAAUGGUGCAGGUUUGAUAUGCUGUUUCAGUUAUGUAUCAUUACACAGCUGUAAAUUUUGUAUGCCUUUUAUUAUAAAAGAUAUUGUAAAUUACUCGUGAUUUAGAGAGCAUUCUAUUUUUUCAUGGCACAGCUCACCUUUUCACAUUUGAAUGCUGCUGUGAGAUGCUGUUGAAACUCUUACUUACUAAACAGUGCAGUAUUUUAAACAUAGGCUCUACUCCUGUUUGUCCAACUUUUCAUCUGCUUCGCUUUUGUUACUCGACACUAUAACCAGAACUCCCUCCCUCCCACCCCUCCACACACACACGAAAAAGAGGCCCUUCUGAGAGAUGGCCAUCCCCAUUUAAGCCUCCGUGCACCAGCAGACAUUUGCUUGCUACCCAAGGUCUCUCGAAAACAAACUUUCCUUUGGUCAUCUUUUAGUCUUCCCCCCCCCCCCUUUUUUUUAGUGCUUUUUGAAGCAGCAUCCACACAGUCUCUAGGUUAUUCAAAUGAUUAUCCAAUUUUUUGUUGUUACAAUGUUCAUAUCUAAUUCGAUUAGUGUUUCUAACAUAUUCUGUUGGACUGUUCAUAGGUGAGACUAGUUAACACAUCACGAGUGACCUUAAUACAAAUUUUAACUCUUCUUGGCUUUAUGAAAGUUAUCUGCAGGAAGUCACAUCUAUCUGACCGUGGAUGAUUUGAUAGUAACAUUGAUUAGUCUUCUUUUAUUUACCGAGAAUGUAUCAAACAAGAUGGUCACUUUGGUCAGCUGCAGACCAUAAUGUAGAAGAAUAAAGAAUAUGUUUCUA